AUGAAGUUCUCACAUAGCAUUCAGUUCAAUGCGGUGCCGGACUGGAGUGCUUAUUAUCUGGCUUACAGCAACCUCAAGAAACUGAUUUACUCCUUAGAACAGGAAGUGCAUCGAUCGGCCGGACAUGACCAUGUAGAUGUUGAACAAGCGCCAUUGUUAGAUGGCGGCAGUCUGAACACUGAUGCGAUAUUUCGUCGGGCUCUGGAUGCAGAGUUGGAGAAGAUCUGCUCGUUUUAUCAAUCCAAGGAGGCGGAGAUAUUUACAGAGGUCGAGGACGUCCUCCGAGAUGCCGAGGAAUAUGCGCACAGGGCCGAUACGAUGAAUGUCGAUCCCAUGAGUGAUGCCAUGAUCAAGGGUCGCACAGCCAGUUCAAGCUCCAGACAGCGGCCUGGGAGCAUUGUUCGUCCGGUGCCAUCGAACCAGGAACGGCGUCAUAGCGCAUUCAGUGAAACACUGGCCGAUGAUGACGAUGACGAUGCAGACAGUGACGACGAACCCGCGCAUCAGUAUCGACCGCAGUCGCAUGGCGCUGAGUCUAGCAAUCCGGAUGGUAGUCGUACGGACGACAUGAGGGACUCGAUGCUCUGGGGUGCCGAUUCCCGGAUUCUGGGCUACAGCGGUCCGUCCGCGCACCGCGGGGGUGCACACGAUGAGCACUUUUCAGAUCCAAUUGUCGUAGAUCUCUACAAUUCGGGGCUCUCGCUGAAGAAGCGGGCUGUUGCGACUUACGUUUCCAUCUGUGGACUCAAGUCGUACAUACAGCUUAACAAGACCGGAUUCUCCAAGGCGCUGAAGAAGUACGAUAAGAUCCUUGACCGCAAUCUGCGUCGGGAGUACAUGAAUUCCGUCGUGUCUUUGACGUAUCCCUUCAAAGACUCUACCAUGGAAAAGGUGGAUGACAACAUUCGCAAAGUCGAAGAGGUCUACGCGAAUGUCGUCACCACCGGUAACAUUCCCCUCGCCAAACGUGAACUCCGCCUGCACCUCAGGGAACAUGUUGUUUGGGAGCGAAACACGGUCUGGAGAGAGAUGAUUGGUAUCGAAAGGAAGGCUCAGGCUGCGAACGUCGGUAUUCGCAGGACGCUUCUGGGCGGAGACGAGGAUCCUUCCAGAGCUCGACGCCAGGGGGACGAGCAGGAAGUGGUGUCCAAGAUGCUCAGGACGCCGUUUGGAGUCAUCCGAAUUCCACAAUGGCUCUGUAGUUUGAGUCUCGUCACCCUUGUUCUCAUCCUGCUUGUCUUUGGCAUUUUGUUGUCCGUCCCGAUAAUGGAGAAGCCGGAACAGCAGAAUUGUCUAGCCAUGCUUGUUUUCGUCAGCUUGCUGUGGGCUACAGAGGUUAUUCCUCUAUUCGUCACAUCGCUACUCAUUCCUUUCCUCGUCGUGAUGCUCCGUAUCAUGUUAUCCGACAACAAGCCCCACGAACGCUUAGGCGCGAAGGAAGCCACCGCCGCUGCUUUCAGCGCCAUGUGGACGCCAGUCAUCAUGCUGCUGCUUGGAGGCUUCACCAUCGCUGCAGCGCUGUCCAAGUACGAUAUUGCUCGUCGUAUGGCCAUGUUCGUCCUGAGUAAAGCCGGGUCCAAUCCCAACAUCUUGCUGCUCACCAACAUGUUUGUGAGCAUGUUUCUGAGUAUGUGGAUCAGCAAUGUUGCCUCGCCGGUGCUCUGUUACUCGAUCAUCCAGCCUCUGUUGCGUAAUCUGGCGCCCGAUUCCAGCUUUGCCAAGUCCCUUGUCCUAGGUAUUGCUUUGGCCGCCAACGUGGGCGGUGCCGCGUCGCCAAUCGCAUCGCCUCAAAACAUCAUCGCUUUGCAGAAUAUUUAUCCGAGCAUGAGCUGGGGGACCUGGUUCUUCAUCUCACUGCCAGUGUGCAUUCUCUCCAUUGUCGCGAUCUGGAUGCUUCUAGUGCUUACCUUCAAGCCUGGUCGCGAGACGGCCGUCGCCAUCCGUCCCUUGAAAGACAAGUUCACAGGAGUUCAGUGGUUCAUCAGUAUUGUCACGCUGUCAACCAUUGCGUUGUGGUGUGGCAGUCACCAACUCGAGCAUAUAUUCGGAGACAUGGGCGUUAUCGCCAUUAUCCCGAUGGUCCUGUUCUUCGGCACGGGUAUCCUUAAUAAAGAGGAUUUCAACAACUUCCUCUGGACGAUCAUCAUUCUGGCCGCUGGUGGUCUUUGCCUCGGAAAAGCCGUCACGUCCUCGGGGCUCCUUCACACCCUUGCGAAUGCCAUCCGCCUGCGGGUGGAGCAUCUGAGUCUUUAUGGUGUGCUGCUUGUGUUCUCCGCCCUCAUCCUGGUCAUUGCCACGUUCAUCUCCCACACUGUGGCCGCCUUGAUCAUGCUCCCGCUUGUGCGACAGAUCGGACUCGGCAUGGACGACCCGCACCCGAACCUGCUCGUGAUGGCGAGCGCAUUGAUGUGUUCGGUAGCCAUGGCUCUGCCUACAAGUGGCUUCCCUAACAUGACGGCCAUCAUGACCGAGGUGCCCCAGACGGGUCAGCGGUAUCUGCAAGUCCGUCAUUUCUUCACCCGCGGUAUCCCCGCCAGCUUGAUGUCCUUUGCCGUGAUAGUAACGGUAGGAUAUGGGUUGAUGUACAUUGCUGGACUGUGA